UUCACUAUGGCUGAGGAGAUGACCACAGAGUUUGCCUAUGAUGAAUCUGCUGUUCAGUGUGACCAAAUGGACAUCUACAUAUUUGGGAAAGUCUACAUACCAAUACUUUAUAGCCUCGUGUUUAUUAUUGGGCUGGUGGGAAAUCUCCUAGUGAUUUUUACCAUUGUGAAAGGUGGGCGCCGAAAGAGCAUUACAGACAUAUUUCUGUUGAAUUUAGCCAUCUCUGAUCUUCUCUUUGUGAUUUCUCUUCCAUUUUGGGGUUAUUCCAUUGUACACGGAUGGAUCCUUGGGAGCUUUUCCUGCCAAAUAGUCUCCUCUUUCUAUUUUAUUGGCUUCUUUGGAGGCAUGUUUUUUAUUACCAUCAUAAGCAUUGACAGGUAUCUGGCGAUUGUCCAUGCAACCAUUUUCAUGAAAGGCAGGACAGCCAGGCAUGGAUUUCUCACUAGCCUGGUCAUCUGGGUGCUGGCAGUCUUGUGCGCAGCUCCUCACUUUGCAUUCAUAGAAAAGUCAGAUAAUAGAUGUGCUUCUCAGUAUCCCCAAAAUCUUGAGGAUACCUGGCCGAUUUUCUGCAAUCUGGAAAUAAACAUUGUUGGGUUUCUUCUCCCAAUGGGCAUCAUAAGCAUCUGCUACUUCCAGAUCAUCAAAACCUUGUACAACUGCAAAAACCACAGGAAAAAAAGAGCCGUGAGGCUAAUCUUACAGGUGGUGCUUGUUUUUUUCCUAUUCUGGACCCCACACCAAGUAUCAAUUUUUCUGCAAACGUUAAAACUUUUCAGUGUCCUUCAGAGCUGCGACGUCUUGAAGCUUUUGUAUUAUGCUAUGCAUGCAACGGAAACCCUGGCUUUCAGUCACUGCUGUCUUAAUCCAAUCAUCUAUGCUUUCGCCGGUGAAAAAUUUAGAAAGUACCUCUGCCACCUGGUUCUCAAAAGCCUCUCAUUCAUUUGUUUUUGUGGGCCUUGCAGCCAUUACCAUGGCAGAGUGCCUUCUUCCCUUACAGAGAAUGUCCCGACCAGCAACCAGACCCAGAACACCAGUGACCAAGAUGGCUCUGUCUUGCUCUGACUAUUGUUGACUGCUGGAGAAUAUUUGAUGUCUUGAGUGGUCGGCUAUAACUUGGCACAUACAUGCCAAAUCUAUUGCUUUUCUAAGUCUGACAAAGCAGCAGCAUUUGUACAUAGCCUGUAGCAUGUCACUUAUUCUCUUCAAAGACAGAAAUGCAUUUGGCUUACUUUAAUACGCUGGAAAAUAGAAUUUUAUACAUUGCUGCAUUA